GUCUGUGUUGAGACAGUCACGUGUAAAUAGUGUUCGUUGAGUCUUAUUUCUUUCGUUCUUGACUGUAGGGAGAGUGGUCUGUCUGUGCAUUUUCCUUGUCGUUAGGUGUUUGCUUCAUGUUGUGAGCUAUCCUUUCAUUUUAAAUUCACAAUUUCACCGAAGAAUGAGUGAUAACGAUGAUAUCGAAGUCGAUAGUGACGAAGACUCACCGAGAUAUCACAAUGUGGCAGACAAACGAGCACACCACAAUGCACUGGAGCGCAAGCGUAGGGAUCACAUCAAAGACAGCUUUCACAGCCUGCGGGACUCGGUGCCCGCCUUGCAAGGGGAAAAGGUUGGUAGAGAGGUGGCGUCACUCCUACGCGACGCUCGUCCCUCAACAGGGACCAGUGCAGGCGGAAUCGUCGCGCUAUCUGACCAAUCUAUCAAACAGGCAUCCCGAGCUCAGAUCCUAGACAAAGCCACGGACUACAUCCAGUACAUGAGGAGGAAGAACCACACACACCAGCAGGACAUCGACGACCUGAAGAGGCAGAACGCUCUGCUGGAGCAGCAAGUGCGUGCCCUGGAGAAGGUGAAGGGUUCAACCCAACUCCAGGCCAGCUACAGUUCUUCAGACAGCAGCCUGUACACCAACCCUAAAGGCAGCGCUGUGUCCGCUUUCGACGGAGGCUCUGACUCCAGCUCCGAGUCGGAGCCAGAGGAACCCCCCGCCCCCAGGAAGAAGCUCCGAGUGGAGGCCAGCUAGAGCGACAGGCUAGCCCACAGCACCACGCCUGGCGUGGAGGGGUACUGCAUGCACAGUUACUGGUCCAGUAGUCGGUACUGCUCCUCUAAUUCCCACUACCUUCUUCUCCUCCUUCCCGCCCUCCCUGCAUAUCGCUGAAUGUGCUCUCACUGGAGAGUGGAGACUCCAUCCAUCCCUGCCGAUCUGUCUAUCCUGACGUCCUUUCAUCACGCCAUCCCCUGGGGAGGGAGGGAAGCCAGCUGGGAGGAAGAAAAGUAGACUGAUUUUAGAAUAGGACGUGCAAAGCUUCUGUUUUUCCCUGUCGGUUCCUUUCUUCCUUUUCUGUUUUUCUCUCCCUUUCUGACUUCACAGCAUUGGUAUCUCUCAGCAACUAUCCAAAACCCAACAUGAGGCAGCUUCACUACCUAAAGGACUCAAUGCUUUUGUACCCUCUACUAUGUACUCUCUUCUCUCGGCUGAAAACUACAGAGAGAAGAGAGGGAGGCGUACUCCAAGCACUGAGAACAUGUAAUACUUUUGUUUAUUUCAUCAAUUUAUCUUGAUAAGAACCUGUUUUAGAAUUUAUACACACGCUUCGAAGAGUCGCCCUGUCGUUUGGAGAAGCAUACCUUCAAAACAUUUGUACUUUUUUUCCACAAAAAAAAGUACUUUGAUGUAAAAGUUAAACACACCUCAGGCCAACAGGAUUGCAGAUCUUUUCCAUUUUGACACGUUUGUUAGAAAUUAAAUAUCAUCCCCUUUGUGGAAAAUAAUUGAUGUUAUGAAAAAAGAUUCCAAAACUUGUAUCGUAUUUCGUCCUUUAGCUUGAACUAGUGAAUGAAUUUAGGUGGCAGAGCAAAAGUUAGGAAUCUUGAUUAAAAAAAAUAAUAAAAAAAAUGGUUAUUGAUUGGAUGUUUUCAAGUUCUCUAAAAAAUGUUAUGCAUUUUGUAUUUUCACAAAUCAUUGGAAAAUACCAAUUUGUCACUUGUAGUUUUCCUUCAAAGUAUGAAAUAGAUAUGGAUUAUCAAAAGGUAGUCUCCAUUUUUUUUUUCAAUAUGAGGAGAAAAUUAAGUCGAUGUGUUGUGAAUUACACAGUAAAAUCUUAAAUGUCGCUGACUCAACUAAAAAAGAAGCAUUUUGCGUGUCUAGGAAAUGUUUUUUUCUUUUCAUUUGUUUCCCCAUUUUUUUUUCUUCCCUUUAGGGUAUGAUUAGUGUAUACUAGAUAGAUCUUUGAUUCCAUUCCAUGGAAAUUACAAGUAUGUUGUACAUACUGCCAAGAAUUGUCUUGCAAGUUGAGGCCUACCUUUACUAUGAGACUAUAAAUAAAACUAUUUUAUCCUUUAAAAA